CCGUCCCUUUGAAACCAUCACCUUUCAUAGAGAGGGGUUAUUGUCCCCUGUCUCCAGUACAUACCUGUGUGCAAGCUCCUUUAUUUUCGGGUUCCCCUCUGGCACUGAUAGAGUUAAUAGAAGCGGAGUCAUUUUGAUUCUGUGCUAUUCUGCUGCUGUGUGUCUCCGAAAAGCCAAACACUGUGGCAGGCCUUUGUGCUGUGUCCUGGAAAGCAGGCUCGAGCCCUUGGGAGUGCAGUGUUACGUCUGCAGUUCCUCCAGCUCCUCUUCACGUGUAGAAUGAGAGCCUGGCUUCAGGAAACACACAGCGUUUGGUGUUGCAGUGCAAAGCCACAUGUUAGGCUGCAGCUACACUGAAUUUCUGGCUCUCCCUACCUCCAAAGUAUAAAUAAAUACACCAGGGUGGAAAAACCCUAAACCUUCAGUUCUGCGGUUUAUGUCUUUUGGCACAAGCUGAGGCACCUGGUCUGCAGCACCAUGCUGGAUCCCAAGCCUCACUCUGCAAGCCAGAGGUGAAUCCAGGUGAAAGCCAGCUAUCACAGUAGGUGUCAGGAUGACCAAAGCACGGCUCCUCCGUCUCUCUGUGGUGCUGGUCUCCAUCUUCAUGAUCCUCCUGAUCAUUGUGUACUGGGACAAUGUGGGAACGGCUCACUUCUACCUGCAUACGUCCUUCUCCAGGCCUCAUUCCCCAGGAGGCAUCCCUGGUAUCACGGCAGGUGAAGACUGGGAAGCCUUGCCAGAUGUAGAUGAGUUUUUGGCAAAGCUGCUUAGUUCAAGCCUGAAACAGAAUAGCUCUAUCCCCCAAAAGACAGAGCAGCUGCUCGUCCAGGGCUCCAGCAAGCCUGUGGUGAGCAAUUUGGAGGAGAACGUGCGGGGCUAUGACUGGUCUACUCACAAUGACAGAAACAGCUUGGACCAAGAGAAACUGCAGAUAGAGAGGCAGAGAACGUUGCGAGAGUUUUGUGCCAAUUCCAGCUUCAACUUCCCCAGCAAGGAGCGCUCCUUUGACGACAUCCCAAACUAUGAGCUCAACCACCUGAUAGUGGAUGACCGCCAUGGCAUCAUCUACUGUUACGUCCCCAAGGUGGCUUGCACCAACUGGAAACGGGUGAUGAUUGUGCUUAGUGAGAGCCUGCUGGACCAGGGGGUCCCGUACCGGAACCCUCUGGAUAUCCCCCGGGAACACGUCCACAACACCAGCACCCACUUGACGUUCAACAAAUUCUGGCGACGUUAUGGGAAGUUCUCACGGCACCUCAUGAAGAUCAAGCUGAAGAAGUACACUAAGUUCCUCUUUGUACGAGACCCUUUUGUCCGCCUCAUCUCUGCCUUUCGCAGCAAAUUUGAGCUGGAGAAUGAGGAGUUCUACCGGCGUUUUGCCAUCCCCAUGCUAAAGCUGUACUCCAACCAUACCAACCUUCCCACAUCUGUUAGUGAGGCCUUCGGGGCAGGCCUCAAAGUCUCUUUCUCUGACUUCAUCCAGUACUUGCUGGAUCCCAGGACAGAGAAGAUGGUCCCCUUCAAUGAGCACUGGAGGCAGAUUUACCGUCUGUGUCAUCCAUGCCAGAUAGACUAUGAUUUCAUCGGAAAGCUGGAGACGCUGGAUGAGGAUGCUACUUACCUAUUGCAGCUCCUCAAGGUGGACAGGCUGCUUCGCUUCCCCCCCAGCUACCGGAACAGGACUGCCAGCAGCUGGGAAGAUAACUGGUUUGCCAAAAUCCCACUGGCUUGGAGGCAGCAGCUCUACAAGCUUUAUGAAGCAGAUUUUGUAUUGUUUGGCUACCCCAAGCCAGAAAACUUGCUUAAAGACUAGAAGUGAUUGGGUCGUGGGUGUGGGAGGGAACAUCUGAAAUACCAAAAAUGUUUAAAGCCUCCUCAUUUUUGCUCUUAACUCCCUUCCCCAUACAGGUUGAUGCAAUGGAAUAUAUUUUUUCUACCGCUUCCCCUUCCAUUUUUGCAAUAAUGCCAGAGUCCAGGGUAUUCCAGCCAGCUGUGCAUAUGCAAAAAAUGCCAGGUUUAUUUGUUUUCUGUUUUUUAAAAUGUCCCCAUGUUUUGCAAUGGGUCGCUGCCCUUGGUCACUCUGCCAGCUGUGUCCUUCAGUAGCUUUUUAUUAAUACUUUUUAAAAAUUAAUAUAUUUAAGAUAUUUAAUACAAAGCGUGUGUCGUGGCAAAGGAAGGGAAGGAAUAAAAACAAAAAAAGUAAAAGGAAAAACCCAAGAAAUGA